AUGUCACAGCCAACCUCCACAAGACGUUUUGGUCAGGUCAUUCGCCUGAAGAAAGACUGCGUGGAGCAGUACAAAGCUUGUCACGCCAACGCGUGGCCAGAGGUGCUGAAGCAGAUUAAGGAUAGUAAUAUUCAAGACUUUUGCAUUUGGUAUGACGAUAAGCAUGGACUUUUAUUCUCAUCUAUGAAGUACGUUGGAAACGAUUUUGAAGGCGACAUGCGUCGCAUGGCGGAGAAUCCCAAGGUGCGUGAAUGGUGGAAGAUGACGGACAGUUACCAAGAGAGCCCGGUGGACGGCGCGGUGAGCUCUGAGAUGGGACAUUGGUGGAAAACGCUCGAAGAAGUGUUUUACUUGGCAUAG